ACCGGCAGGGAUGUUACUAAAAACGACGUGUGGUGUUAGGAUUGGACCAUCAGCAGGCCUUUAUAAACACCAGACCUGGUGUAACGCCCUUCAGUUUGUCUGGGACUGAUGCGACUCCUCCACAAACAUGAGUGAGCAUCCAACCCAGGCAGGAUGAGUACGAAGAAAAAGACUCGAACAUCUUUUGGGGCAACAGCACCGCCCUUCAUUGACUACCUGAAAGAUAUUCUACGUCGAUAUCCAGAUGGUGGACAAAUUCUGAAGGAGCUGAUUCAAAAUGCAGAUGAUGCUCAAGCCACAGAAGUGGUUUUCAUCCAUGAUGAGAGACACUAUGGGACUGAGAGCCUGUGGACCAGUGAACUGGGAGAAUACCAAGGUCCUGCUCUGUACGCCUACAACAAUGCAGCAUUCACUGAUGACGACUGGGAGGGAAUUCAGAGUGCAGGGAGGAGUGUCAAGCGUGAUGACCCUAACAAAGUUGGGAGGUUUGGAAUUGGCUUCAACUCCGUUUACCACAUAACAGAUGUGCCAUGCAUAUUCAGUUCAGGGUCCCUUGGUCUCAUGGACCCCCAAGAAAAAAUAUUUGGAAAAAGAGAGGGAGGCUUUCGGUGGUUUUUGGAUGAUCCCGAACACCAAGAUGCUCUGAUGACAAUGCAUGAUCAGUUCCAACCCUUUCGGGAUAUAUUUUCACUUGUGAGCAGAAAAGAAUGGGCAAAAGUCAUCAAAGAGGAUCAGCAGUUUGAUGGGACAAUUUUCAGAUUCCCCUUGCGCAACAAGCCAUCAGAUAUUUCAAACAAUCUCUAUGACUCUAAUAGGGUGGUUGAUCUUUUUGAAAGCUUCAUUGCUGAUGCAGACUUGAGCCUCCUUUUCCUAAAAAAUGUGACUUCUGUGUCCUUGAUACAUGUCAGCGUAGAUGGCACCGUUAACACCAGACUUGAAGUGAAAUCCUCAGUCCACACAGAUGUCGUGUUGGAGUCGAAAGAUGAGUCAGCCGUUGAGGCUUCAACAAGGUUCAAAUCAAUAACCCUCACCUCAGAAGACCACAAAGAAACAAAGUGGCUUGUGACAACGUGCACUAUGAAAGAAGGCAAUGUAGAAAAACUUGAUUCACUGGCAGAAAAUUUGAAGUUUUUCCCUCAAGUUGACUUGGCAUUCCCUUGUGGUGAGAAGAAAGACUGCCAGGAAAGUAGACUGAGCUGCUUUCUCCCACUCCCAAACAAUGAAUCCAACAAGACAGGACUUCCAGUUUAUGUCAAUGCAUGCUUUGGCCUCACAGACAACAGAAGACACAUCAAGUGGCAAGAGGAAGACCAGAAACAUGAUGAACACGCAGUCUGGAACGAAUUGCUAAUAAAGGAGGUGCUCCCACAGGCAUACCUCAUCAUCAUUCAAGAUGCCAUUAGACUUGCCCAAGACUCUAUUCUGCCUGCCCCUUCUGUGUACAAUCUGUGGCCAGAUCUCAGCCAGAUAAAACACAAAGACAAAUGGCAUGCUGUUGCUCUGGAUGUUCUCAGACAUAUAUUCAGACAGAAUCUGGCUGUCCUUUCUCUUGCCAAGGAUGAAAGAAUGUUUGUCACUCCGUCAGAAGCUGUGUUCCCCUGUAAUGGUCCAACAAGCCCAGAUACAUUGGCUGCCAUCAAAAGGACUUUGGUUUCCUGUGGAGAAAACCUUGUCACUUUACCAGGUAGUGUUGCAAGUGCUAUAAAUGAGGCCUAUCCACACCUCAACAUCCUAAAACAUGUGACACCAACUUUUGUAAGAGACAUUCUCCGGAGGAUUGGCACACACAACAUCUCUAAAGACGACAAGCUCAGUCUUUUGGAGUACAUUUUGAGUGAUGGAAAAUACAGAGAUCUUGAGGGUCUUCAGCUGCUUCCACUAAACAAUGGCUCUUUCAGAUCUUUCACUUACAGAGACAAGGACACUGCUCUAAUCGACAGCCAGGAAUUUCCAAGAGUCUUGUUACCAUGCUGUGAACACCUCUUCAUCCCAGAUGAUCUCAGUCUAGCCUGCAGCACCCACCUGAAAGAACUGGCCAGGCAAAGUCUAUUCAAGGUCAUCAACAUUGAUGCAGACCAGGUGGCCGAAUAUGCAAGCAAGUAUUUGCCACAGGACUGGAAGCAGAUGGGGACAGGGCUUGUUACCUGGGACGUCGGCAACAGUCAACUUCCACCUUUGGACUGGCUCCAAGAAUUCUGGAAAUUUCUCAAUACUCACUUCAAAGAGUUAAGUAAAUUUACUGGAAUGCCAUUGAUACCAGUCAGUGCCCUAUCUGGCAGUCAGCCUGUAUCACUAGCAAGGCUACAGCAGAACACAACUCUUAUAUUUCAGAAAAGCAAACAGAAUGACUUGCCAGAACAAAUAGCUCAGUUGGUUAACAAAGUAGGUGGCACAGUGGUGAGAGGCAACGAGUGGCUUAAGCACGAAGACUUAGACUCUUAUGUGCUUUGCCCAUCUCCAAGUAGUGUCAUGAAAGUCUUUGUGAAUUUAGAUUCUCAGGAUCUCAUCAGAGAACUCAAGACUGCCUCUCACAGUGCAAGAGAAGAACUGAAAGAUUAUCUCUCGCGUCUGGAUUCUCUUUCAGUCAUUGAGAAAGAUUUUCUCUCAAAGUUGCCUCUGUUUCAAACCAUGAAAGGCUUAUGUGUCUCAGCUCAAUCAAAGCAAGCUGUGCUCCUCAUUUCUAGUCUCACAGUACCAAGAGAGUUCCCUAUGCCUGAUUCAGUCGUGCAGUGUGCAACUGAGGCUGAUCGCAGACUGUUACAACUGCUCAAAGUUAAACUCUUGGACACAGCUGAAGCAGCCACUCUCCUCAUUGACUGUAUUGAGAGGGGAGUUUGCAAAAAAGAAAACACUGAGAAAAUCAUGGCUUGGAUUUUACAGCACGGUGCUGUCCUUUUCUCUCAAAACCAGAAGCUGAAAUGCAAAUGUAAGGACUUAAGCUUCAUUGAAGUCAAUGGAGAGCUGAAAAAGACCUCAAGUUUUUUUGAUCCAACAAUUCAAACUUUCAAAGUCCUUUUUGAGUCAGAUUUCUUCCCCCCACCUGUAUACACUGAAACAUCAGAGAUGCUUAAAAGUCUAACAGAUCUUGGAUUGUUAAAUAAAGAAGUGGAUUUGUCACCUGAGCACUUAUUGCAUGCCGCCACACUGAUUGACCGACUGGAUGCUGACUCUCAAUCUGAGGCUCUCAAAAGGGCUCAGGUGCUCUUGAAAAUGUUGGAUACUAAUGAUCUACUGUCAAAAUGUUCUGACAAGCAGCUUCAUUGCCUGAAAAUGCUAAAAUGGAUUCCAUGUGCUAAGUCCUUUGAUGACAAAAAACGCUCCAAUGAAGAUUCUCAAGAAAUAGGUUUUUUCUGUCCAGAUGAAAUAAGGCAUUCUAUGUAUGAGGACAUUGUUGGGCGUGUCAUGCCUCUGGUGGGAAAUUUCAGUGACAGAGUUACCAGCAAACUUGGUCUCAAACGCCUACCUCCACCUGAAAAAGUGAUAGAGAAUUUGUCAGUCUUGAAAUCAGAAGCAGAGACCAUGGCCGAUCCUGACACAAAUGUGGAUUUUAAAAGGAAGUUGCGCAGCAUUUAUGAACACAUCCAGAACAACAUCUCCACAUUUGCAAAAGUGAUGAACAAGGACACACGCUGGUUGUGGAGUCACAAUCAGUUUGUAUCACCACACGAUCUAGUUCUAGAUUAUCCCCCUAAUCUCGAUCUGAGUGCCUACAUUGGGAAGGUGCCAGCUGAAUUUCUGCCAUACAAGAGGAUGCUCCAGGAGUUCGGCCUGAAAACAUCACUUUCAGAUGAUGAAAUUGUUGGCAUUCUGCAUUCUAUUCAGCAAACCAUUGAAGAAAGGCAGCAGCCAUUUGCAAGUUCCUCUGAGACAAAAGUGUCUAUCGAAAUUCUUAAUUGGCUGUGGAAAGAGAAGAAGACAGUUCAGGGUGACAUCCCGGUGCCAGUCCUCAUGGAGGGUGACCACUAUACCCUUAAACCAUUGUCAACAGCAGUCUUCUGUGAUGUAAGCAAAAAUGGGUUGAAUGAGCUGAUGUACAGCCAAGAGGAAGUUCAUGUUGUUCAUGAGGAAAUCCCUAAAGCAGCAGCUGAAUGGUUGAGCAUCCGAUUUCUCAGUACCUACAUCCUCGACCCAGAGUUAGUGGGAAUUGAACAGUGGGGUCAAUCUGAACCGAUAACAACGAGGAUUAAAAACAUUUUGAAAGAGUAUGAUGAAGAAAGUGACAUCUUCAAAGAGCUUAUACAAAAUGCAGAGGAUGCUGGGGCAGAAACCUGUAAGUUCUUGGUGGAUUUCAGAGUGCACAGCUAUGCCCCUGAAAGUCUCAUUGACCCUGACAUGAACCUUUGUCAGGGACCUUGUCUUUGGGCAUUUAAUAAUGAACAGUUCACUGCUGAAGAUUGGACAAAUAUUGUCAGAGUUGGUGCUGCCUCGAAAGAAAACAAGGUGGAGAAAAUUGGAAAGUUCGGACUCGGAUUCAAUACUGUGUAUCAUGUGACAGAUGUGCCUUCUGUCCUCAGUGGCAACAGUCUGCUCAUCCUUGAUCCAAAUGUUACUCACCUCAAGACGCACAUCAAACAUAAAACAAAUCCUGGAAUCAAGCUGAAUAUCGCUCAACAGCGACUUUUCCAUUGUUUUCCUGGUCAGUUUGGACCAUAUGAAAGCAUUUUUGAUUGUAACUUCACCAACCAAAGUCCCCCCAAACCUUAUCCAGGCACUCUCAUCAAACUACCUUUCCGAACUGAAAAAGAGGCCCUCAAGUCAGAAAUAAGCACAAAGGUGUAUCGAGAACACAAUAUCGUCACUUUUCAACAGCACUUUACUGAGAAUUCACAAACGUACCUGCUGUUUCUAAAGAACAUUGAUACAUUAUCUCUACAAAGUAUUUCAAAGGAUGCAUCAACUCCACCACGAGAAGACGAAAUAGAAACAGUCUUCACAGGUUCCAAAACCACUCUGAGCACUAUGAGGAUUCAUGAUGAAAACAAUGUGUCAAAGCAGCUUCGAGCUGAGAAAUCAUUGAUGAAACUUGAUGGAAAAUGCAAAGACAUCAUUGACUGCUGCACAGUCAACAUUGUACAAAUAACCAAUCAGCAAUCUGGUGUUACUGAAGCCCAGUCCUGGCUCCUGUACAACUGUUUUGGGACAGAUCAAUCUUUAGAAAUGGCCCUUCAAGAAAACAAGAAAGCCAGUUUCUCUUUGCCCAUCGGGGGGAUUGCUGUACCUUUGCAGAAUGAUCCAAAAACUGGUAAACAGGCCUCAUUACAAACAAAUCUUGUUGGACAGGCAUUUUCUUUCCUUCCUCUUUCAAUUCACACAGGUCUUCCAGUCAAUGUGAAUGGAACAUUUGCUGUGACGAGCAACCGAAAAGGUCUUUGGGAGAGUGGAGUGAAACAUGAAUGGAACAAAGCCCUUCUUCAGGAUCCUGUAGUGACAGCAUAUGUUACUGCACUUUUGGCACUAAAGGAAAUGUCUGAAAACAAGCAACUGGAAUCUUACAAUUAUCACACCUUUUGGCCAAAUAGAGAGAAAGUGAGUGAAACAUUCAAGCCUUUGGUGGAUGCAUUUUAUGCCGUCAUUGCCCAGGACUCCAUUGGUCCAGAGAUCUUGUGUGAUGGAGAACACUGGUGCUCAAUGGACAGAGCCAUAUUUCUACACGAGAGCAUUGAAGAGGAUAAAGCUAUCAGUUCACUAGCAGUGCAGGUAUGCAAGAAAUAUGCAAAAGCACCCAACCAUUUUGUCCCUCUUCCACUUUGGUUGAGAAAUAGCUUCAAACAGGCUGGCCUUGAAAAGGUUUUACAGAACAGAACAUGGAACUGGGAGAGGUUUUACCAAGAAGCAGUGUUUAACAACCUUGGUACCAUGGAUGCUGAGAGUAGAGAUACUCUUGUGCUGCAUGCUAUUGAUCUCAACAUCAAAGAAAUUGAUAAACUUCUAGUCUGUUAUCCAUGCAUCCCCGCAAAAGGUGGACAGCUCCAGUACAUCAAGAAACUUGUGAAUCCAUCAGGUAAAGUGGCUUGUCUUUUUGAACCGGAAGAGGGGCGCUUGCUUGAUGGUACCAAAAAUGACUUUUGCUCGCCAAAAAGGAUUCAGCGCUUGUUGGAUCUAGGAAUGGCAAAUAAUCAUCUCCCAUUGGCAGACAUCACAGAGAAGGCAGGCACAAUUUCCAAAACCUGGAGCACUGACAAAGAGAAAGCAUAUGUGCAUCUGAAGUGCCUUCUCGAACUUAUGAAGGAUCACCUUAAUGACAAAGACUCUCUCCACUGGCAAACACUCAGGAAGACUGAAUUUCUCCCAGCAUUUCCCCGUGGAGAUACAAAAAUGGAAAGAAAUGUAACACUCGGAAGGCCCACUGAUAUGUUUAGCGACAAAUACUCCCUACUCGUUAACAUGACACAACCAGUACUUGAUCAUACCAAUCUGAAAAUACACAAUACUGAUCCAGUUCUACAGAUUUUGGGAGUUCAUGACAGUCCAAAGCCUGAGUUGGUACUUAAGCAGCUUGAAGAAGCAUGCAGGCAGUCUCAAUCCAUUGACGGAUCCAUGCUUCACAAUAUAGCAUAUCAAUGUUACAGUUUUCUGGAUCAGUGGCUUAUUGAUCCUGACAAUUCCAGUUUUAUUUUGCAGAGGGCAAAAGCAUUCCCAUUUGUUCUUGUUGGUGGCACAUUUGUGAAUGUGGACCGUGUCGCAGAAAAUGAGCAAUUUGAAGCAAAACCUUACCUCUAUGUGCUUCCAUCUAACUUCGCUAGUUUCAAAAGGCUGUGGCAAUGUGUAGGUGUUGAAAAACAUUUUUCAGCAAGUCAGUUUCAAGCUGUGCUCCAGGAAUUGCACUCUGAACAUGGCAACAAGCCCCUGCCAGAGAGUGAUUUAUCAAUUUGCCUCACAAUUUUAAACACAGGGAUUUAUGAGGCCAAAGAAAAAACAACAGGUGACUGUCUCAUACCCAAUGAACAUGGUGUUUUACAACCUGCAAGUGAGAUGUUCUACAAUGACAGCCCAUGGAUGCCAGUUGCUUCAGGUAUCACAUUAUGCCAUGAGAAGAUCCCUCGUGUUAUGGCUUGCCAUUUUGGAAUCAAAACCACCAGACACUAUACUCUGCAAGAGAAUGUAGUUGAGAAGUUUUCACCAUUUGCUUUUGAGUUUCAACAGCAGGAACAACUAACUGUUCGAAUUAAAAAUAUCAUUUCAGCCUAUCCAUCAAAGAAGGAUAUCCUUAAAGAGCUUAUCCAAAAUGCUGAUGAUGCAGAGGCAACUGAAAUUCACUUUGUUUGGGACAAACGACAGCAUGGCAAAGAAAAAACUUUUGGGGAGAAGUGGAACCAUCUGCAGGGUCCAGCACUGUGCGUCUUCAACAACAAAGUGUUUUCUGAUACGGACCUUACUGGCAUUCAACAGCUGGGAGAAGGAGGAAAGCACAACUCUCCAGGAAAAAUAGGAAAAUACGGAGUGGGAUUUAACUCUGUUUACCAUCUCACUGACUGCCCGUCAAUCCUCACUGGAGACAAAAUACUCUGCAUUUCCGAUCCCAAUGAAGAAUACAUUGAAGGUUGUCCAGACCAAUCACGAUCUGGCAUUGGCUUUAAACUACCUGACACUUUCAAGAACAUGUACAUGGAUGUCUACAAAUCCUUUCUUCCUGACAAAUUUCCUCUUAAUGACGGCACCAUGUUCAGAUUACCACUGAGGACGGAUGCCAUGGCAGAGAGCUCUAAAAUAUCAAAGCAGGAAGUCUCUGACCAUGACAUGAAAAGUCUCUGCUCUGCACUUUCUAAAGAUCCUGAAGGACUAAUUAUGUUUUUGAAAAACAUCCGCAAAAUAGAAGUCCAUGAAAUCAAUGAACAUUCAGAGACACUUGAAACCAUAUUCCUGGUUGAAAAAAGUAUACCAGAAAUGAGCAGAGAAGAAAUGGAGGCUUUUGCAAACCUUCAACAAAAUGCGCUGCAGUCUGACAAACCAGUAACACCACACAAUGUCAUCUAUGAAAUCACGAUUUCAAUGUCAGAUAAAAGACAAAGUAAUUGGAUCAUUGCAGAACAGUUUGGUUCAUUCCAAAACAGUGAUGAAGGAGAAUUAACACUGUCAGACAAUCUUCCUCAAGCAGCAAUAGCAGCGCCUGUGAGCUCAAAGGGUCCAGCACCAUAUAGCCACAGAGAUUUCAGUGGAGAAGCCUUUUGUACACUACCUUUGCCAGGGAAAACUGGACUGCCAGUGCACAUCAAUGCAAACUUUGAGGUAGAUUCUGCCAGGAAAGGCCUUUGGAAAGAAGAUGAGCAAAGUCAAAAAUCUAACUGGAAUGAAUCUUUGAAACAGAACGUCAUUGCUCCACUGUAUGCAGAUCUCCUCCAUCACAUCAGCCUUAAAGUUGCAGAUAAAAAAGUCACUUCAGCACAGAUUGAUUCAUACUUAUGUAGCUCCUACUUAUGUUUUUGGCCAACUGUGUCCAAAAAUAUUGGUAAGGAUUGGCAUCAAAUGAUACAUGAGGUAUACAGAUCAAUCAGAGAAAGAGGCCUCAAUAUGAUUCCAGUGUUGAGGAGUUCAAGACGUGCCUCUGCAAAGAUAGAGUUUAAGGAGUACUCUUUUGACUGGUGUAAUGUCAGAGAAACUGAAUCAACUAAGGCCCCUUACCUGACACACCCAGAAAAUGACAAGAUUAAUCCCAUUUUGGAAGAUCUCGGAAUGACAUUGGUUCAUUUCUCCAAGGAGAUGCACAGAGUUUGGGAAAGUUUCAAAUCUGCUGGUGUUGAAGUGAAAGAUGUGACUCCUUCAUCUGUACAGACCUUCUUGAGAGAAAAGCCCCUCAAUGACCCAACAAAAACAGAUGAGUAUUUACCCCUGCCUGUAACUGACACUCUGAUCAGAGAUGAAAAAAGAUGUUCAAGGCUGUUGAGUUUCUGCUUAGAGGAGUUGAAGAAGAUUAAAGACUUGAAACAGAUCACAGAAGACAAUUCCAGUUCACUUGAUGGGCUUCCACUUCUUCUAACAGGAGACAAAGUUCUGAGAGAGUUUAACUCCAAAACUCCCAAGCUGAUAUCACAAUAUGAGAGUCUGUUCUUUGACAACAAGGACCAAUUUGCCGAUCACAAGACAAAUAAAGACCACUUGAGAGUUUUACAAGCUUUCAAUCUUGUCACAAGUUUGACAGUUCACUGUGCAGAGAAAUAUCUGAAACCCACAAUUCAGCGUCUUCUACAGGGCUGUGAAGUUGAUCCACACACUGAUCAUCAUGUGCCAGAUGAAACAACAUUAGUGUGGCUGCAAUCUCUUUGGAAGUUCUUUGCCAGUCAGAUUAAGCCUGCAACAUCUAGUGAUGAUGAAAAAUGUCUAACAUUAAGUGAUGUGAGGCAGCUUUUUAAUGACUGCUGCUUUUUACCUGUUGUGUGUCCAAGGUUGAACAACAAGCACUUUCUGAAAACAAUGAAAGACAUGCCAAAUGUGAUUCACUCUACCAUAGAUAUGGACAUAUCUGGAAUCCUCUUUAAACUUGGUUUUAUGAGGCUUGACUUUGUAUUCUUCUCUAAAAUACCUAUCGACCGACAUUCACUUAUAUACCCUGAACUCAUGAAUGUGAAUGACAGAAGCUCUGUUUUGGACCAGGUCUACAACAUUCAACACUCAGAGUUUUCCUGGCUUUCACCCGAAGAGAGGAAAGAGCUUCAGCGCUUCCUGCAGGAUGGAGUAUCCAAAUCCAAAGACAAACAAGACUGUCACAGAAAGCUCAAAUCCUUACCAUUAUUUGAAACAAUACAUGGUAACUGCGUGAGCAUUGAUGGACAUAAGGAGGUAUUUAUCCUCAGCAGCACUACUUAUUUGAGGUUUUCAGAUUUGUUCAGCCUGGUCGACAGCAGCAGCAUUCCUCUCAAAAAAAGUCCGGAGAACGACAGACUGUCAGAAAUACUGAAAAUAAAAAUUCUAAGUGAUUUAGAGUUUUUCAUGAAGUUCAUCCUUCCCAGUGUACACAGACUCACAGAGAGCCAGCUGCUUCAAUGCCUCAAGCUUUUACUGUCAUUACAAUACAGUUCAAACUAUUGUCAGUAUAAGGACAAAAUCAUCUCCUCAUUGAAGACAAUCAAACUGAUUCGCAGUUCUCAAGGCAGAUUGGAGACAGCAUCGUACUACUUUGACGAAAGUGUUGAGCUGUACAAGAAAAUGAUACCCCGAGAGCGAUUUGUGCCAAAGAGGUUUUGGAUUGAGUUGUGUGGAGAAACUCUACAAACAACAGACCAACCAAAACGAUUACUUCAAGAACUUGGAAUGAAGCAUGUUGUGUCAAAAGAUGACCUAAUAGAUUUUGCACACCAGUUAGAAUCAGAGGCUAGAGGAAACUGUCAGUAUGAAGUAUUGAGAGAGAAAUCAUCAUUGAUUUUUAGAACAGCUUUGAAUAUAGCAAACAACCCUGAUAACAAAGAGGAAACGUUGCUGGAGAGCAUAGCUGACAUCAAGUUCAUUUUCCCCGAGAAAAUUAGAAAAGAACUGUGCAACUACCACCAUCCAUUUGCUGCACAGAAUACUACUGUUAAAAUCAAAGGAUCUUUGAUUGAAAGUGAUCCCAAGCAUCAAGAUCUGAUCUGGUCUUCAAUGCCAAUCAUAAAACUGCCAGUUUAUAAGUCACAGAGGUUCAUGACUAUGAUGAAAAGUGCAGGAGCUCAUGAACAACCACCUUUAAGCUGUGUAACCAGUAACAUGAGCAACAUCUGUCAGUCACCUUGUGAAACUGACCAGCUCAACACCCGUGCUAAUGUGUUUCGAAGUUCGUAUGCCUACCUGCAGGCAAACAGGUUUGAAGGCCGAGCGCUGGCUGAUCUUCCUGUUGUGUUGGUUGAAAAAGACAAAGAGCUUGUGAAGCCUGAUGAUGUGUGUCUUUCAGUCCCCUAUUAUCGUGAGUUCAGGCCAUAUUUGUACAACGUUUCUCCCCAGGAUGUGAUGUUCACAGAUUUCUUCAAGAAAAUUGGUGUAAAGGACAACCCUACUGCAGUGCAGUAUUGUAAAGUUCUGGCAGCAGUUUAUGCUGAUUCAGGGGAUGAACCACAACUAAACCCAAACCAAAUGACAACUGUAAAACGUGCUGUUCAUCAGUUUUUUACAUUAAUCAAAUCCCAGGGAAAGCGUUCCCAUGUUGAUGAUGUUAAGAUUUUGUAUCUUCCUGCAAGAGAUGGAAAAUUAUACCCAUCAUGCACGCUCUACUACAACGACACAACGUUUGAGACCAAAAGGUUGGAAGACGCACUAGAGAAUAGGUUCCUGUUGCUUGAGAAACUGAGUGAAUGUCAUUUGGGCCUUGACAUCUAUGAGCACCAUCGGUUGGUGAAGAUGCUGCCUCAGAAAUUUCAGCCCAUGUUGUUGUCUCAAACCACUGAGGAGAAAGUAGUGGAAUUACACAUGCAGCUAUGUGAGCUUGAAACUGACUGUGAGUUUCGUGGAUGGUUUGACAAACAUCUGUCCUCAGGAGCAUUUAAACAUGGAUUAAUCUGUCUUAUCAGAGCGCAGUCACGGGGAGAAACAACACAAGAAGAAGCUUCUGAGAUGUGCAGGAAGACAUUUGGCAGUAUUCAGAUUGUUUGCUGCAAUCAUCUGGAAACAAAGCUUUGGUUGGGAAAAGAGCCAAUACACAAAACUGCCAAUGAAACCGAUGUUUUCGUCAACCGAGAGCAACAAAGUUGCAUCUUUUAUCUAAAACACAGCAAUGACAUGGCUCCUAAAGUGUUAAAUGACAUCAACAUGACAUUGACAAAGGAGAUUAAUGCUCUUUUAGGUAACAGAUUUGAAUCAAUAUACCUACUUGUCCUUGGACAACUUCUCAUGUGUGAUAACCUACAAGAUGUUAAGAAAACUCUGGCUAAGUAUGAGAUACAUGACAGUGCUGAAACAGAAAGCAUCAAUCGACAACCAGCACCUGGAAGAGAUAUUCCAGAGGAAUGGCAUGAUUUCUUAGACAUGAACUUGCUCAACAACUUUGAAGAGGGGGAAUAUGUUGGCUACAGCACUAACAACAAAUACAUUUAUGCAGUAAUUGUUGAAGUACUGCCUGAGCAUUCGGGACCAUAUUCACAGCGGUACAAAAUAGAUAUUGGCGAAGAUGAGCCAAUUGAAGUCAGUUGUCUUGACCUGUAUCAGAUUAAACGACAAAAGAAAACAAAAGGGAGGACUUGCACAUCUGCUGAAGCAUCUUGCAUGGACCUGGAGCCACUAGCAGGAGCUGGGCCACAUCGUGCCCAGUCAUCAACUACAAGUUCCUCAUCCAUGGGAUCCUUACCCACCUCAAUUGAAGAAGCUAAAAGGGAAAUUGACAAGCGUUUGGCAGAGAUCUGGACUCUUCCUCAAGCGGACAGGGAUAAAGCCAUCCGACGAAUGUACUUAAGAUGGCAUCCUGACAAAAACCUUGACUGCAAAUCACUUGCAACUGAGGCAUGCCAAUACUUACAGAAUCGAAUUAAUGAGCUCAACAAUGGCAAUGGCAGUACUGCAGGUUCGUCCUCCUCAAGGGGAAACUCAAAUUUCAGAGACUUCUAUUAUCAAUGGAAUCAGGAAGCCAGGCGACACAGAAACGGUCGAGAGAGAUUCUACAGAGCCCACCAGUCCUACAACUUUUGGAGCCAUAAUGAAAAUGUCCCGAGGCCGAACAGAGAAGAGGCUCAGCGCUGGUGUAGACAGGCUCGCUGUGAUCUCAAUGCAGCUUACAAAGACAUAGGUGGUGGCAGCACAGAGUGGUGUCUGUUCAAAGUCCAUCAAGUAGUGGAAAAGGCUCUCAUAGCUGCUGAGUAUAAAAGACAUGGCCAACAUCCCAACAGCACUUCCAUAUCAGCCCUAGCUGUACGAGUUUCCCUUUAUAACGCCCAACUGAAAGUUCUACCUCAAAUUGUGGAAAAUCUGAAGGCACUGGGAGUAGACGGCAAAAAGACUCAGUAUCCCAACUGCCAUCCAUUCCCCCAUAUUCCAAACGGACAGUUCAAAUCAGAGAAUGAAAUGUUGGCACUGAGCAUGGCAUCUGAGCUUCUCAAUAAAGUACAGGCAUAUGUGAACUAGGAAUUCAAAACCCAUAUGUCAUUUGACAUGUUAAAAAGGCAGUUACCAUAUUGUGAUCUUGGACAAUACUGUUAACAGAACAGUGUAAUUUCUUUAACAGUUUGAGCAUUGUAAUGAAAUAUUCUAAAAUGAAAAGGUUUUAUCUUGACUCUAGAGCAGUUUUAAUUUUGUGAACAUUUAUGACCAAUCAAUGAGGACCAGUAAAAUAGGUGUUGUUUUUUUUAUCUUAACUACUCAUGAUGCCCAGUAUAAUCACUGUGAGUGAAAAUGCAAUUUUUUUUGUUCUAUUGUGAUAAACAUUUUCAAGUACUCACUGAUGGCAAAUACAAUCACUCUAUGAAAAUGCACUUAUGAAAUAUUUUCUUCUUCAAUUUUAUAAACGUUUAUAACUACCAAAUGAGGACCAAUAUCAUCAUGGUAAAGUUUUUUUUUUAGGAAAUCAUUUGUUUGUUUGUUUGUUUUUUCUUUGUUAUGUUGUAUACAUUUAUGAAUACUCACUGAGGACCAGUAUAAUCAGUGUACAGAUUUGUUAUGAAAUUAAACAUAUAUAUUAUAUAUUUGCAGUCUUGUAAACAUGGAUGACUACUCACUGCAAUCACGUAUUAAAUACUUUACUAUCCAAAUGCAAAUGUAAUUCUUUUGCCAUAUUGUAAACAUUUAUGAUACUUACUGAGGACCAAUCUAUAUAUAUAUGAUGUAUGAAAUGAAAUAUCUUGUUUUUUUUGGUUUUUAUUUUCACAGCAUUGCAACAUUUUUUACUAUUCACUGAGGACGAAUAUAAUCAUGGUAUGACUUUGUAAUGGUAACGCAAAUAUAAAACAUUUAGAAGGAUUUAGUAAUUUUUGUUGUUGUUGUAUUAACCUCUACCUUCUGAAAAAAAUACAUAAAACAAUGAAAAUGAAUGAUGAAACUGCAGUUCCUGGUUCAUAUCUUCAAAUGACAUGUUACAAUGUGUACAAUGUUACAUACAUACAACCAUGAUUCCCAAAUGUUGGGACGUUGUCUAAAUCAUUAAAACAAUAUAUAUUGUAUAUAAUUAUAUAUCAAGACAGGUAAAAAAUUAAAUAUAUUGUCUUUUUACUUUUUUCAAUUAUUGUUAUGUUUUACACAGGUUUCUAACUUGUAUUUGGGCUCUUCUGGACUGAAAAUAAAAUGGUAUUUCCACAGUUUUAAA